GAGAAUAAAAAUCCGAAAUUCAAUCAAUCUCGGUUUACGGCAGUCACAUGCUAACAAGUUAAAAUUUACCAGCUUAUAAUGUGAGAAAAUUGUUUAAUGUUUACGUGCAACUUAUUUUGAUGGGUGAGCGACUGCGACCUGAAGAAAUGGCGACCACGAGUACGGCGAUAGCGACCGUCCCAUCUCAGAUCCAAGAGCCCGCAGAGCCGGUGGCGGUGAUAACUCUCCGGCCGCGCAAGUCCCGGAAGAAGGUGGUGUGGACGGACGACACCGUCGACAAUGAGCACAUGAACAAGAAGAAAUCCAAGUGUUGCUGUAUCUACGAGAAGCCGAAGGCGUUCGGCGAGUCAGACUCGGAAGACAGUGACGACGAGUGCGAGCACUGCUUCGGUCACGUCGAGAAACGGCACAAACAAGCAGGCGGCGGCACGGUCACGACGGACGAGCAGGACGGAGCGGCGCCAGAGGCACCCGCCGCCAUUACGCUGCAGCCCGCCCCCGCGCCCGCGCCGCCCGACAACAAGGAAAAACCCGAAUAA